UUUGGAGAGGGGAAAUUCAUCCAGGACAUUUUCAGGAGGUUUAACAUUACCGGCAGUGGAAGAUGAGGACGCUGCUGCUGCUGUGUCUGUGUGUCUACGUCGCCUGGGCUGGAAGUUUCGAUUAUGACGAUUAUGACUCGGCCACCAAAAGCCCAGCGGUCGCAAAAGCUCCAGCGGUAAAACCAACAGUAGCUGCCCGUGGACACCGUCCUUUGUCAAGGGGUCAUGACUCCUACAGACCCAAUCGCUAUUCCCCUCCUCCCAUCAACACCGGCGGCAGGUACCGCGGCCGACCCAGCACCACUGUGCCAGAUAAGGGACGACAGGAGCAGGAGAAGGAGGAGCAGCCGGAGGCCGGGGGAUGCACACACGCUUCUGAGCAGAUGGGUGUUUUGUGUCCCACGGGCUGCGAGCUGAAAACCGCACUGGUCAAGCAAGAGAGGAACGUCAAGGGGGCUGUGGACCAGCUCAAGUCUCAGGUGAACGAUCUGUCCCGGUCCACCAACAACGUCUACAACUACGUCGACCACAUGUCCAACUCCCUGAGAGAGAGGCAGAGAGUCAUCAACGAAAACAACAGGGUGGUGAACCAGUACACGAACAACGUCGAGGAACAGCACGCCUACAUCAAGGAGACAGUCGAUACAGUCUUCCCCUCCAACAUCAGAGUGCUGCAGGGAGUCGUGGACAAGAUCAGGCUGAAGAUCCAGAAGCUGGAGAAGGCGAUCCUGGCCCAGAAUGAGGGCUGCAAGGAGCCAUGCAGCACCACAUGUCCCAUACCGGUGGUCUCUGGUAAGGAGUGUGAGGACAUCUUCCGUCGUGGAGGAAGAGAUUCCCAGAUGUACAUGAUCCAGCCCGACGCCUUCUACCCUCCAUACAAGGUCUUCUGUGACCAGACCACCGAGAAGGGAGGAUGGCUUGUUAUCCAAAACAGGCUGGAUGGCAGCGUGGACUUUGGCCGUCGCUGGGACGACUAUCGCCGGGGAUUCGGCAACAUCGGCUUCGACGUGGGCAAGGGUCACUGCGAGACUCCCGGUGAAUACUGGCUGGGUAAUGACCGCAUCAGCCAGAUCACCAAGAUGGGCCCCACAGAGCUCCUCAUUGAGAUGGAGGACUGGACAGGAACCAAGGUCCAUGCUCAGUACCAGCAGUUCACUCUCCAGUCAGAAACGUCCAACUACAUACUGGCGGUGGAUGCUUACUCUGGUACUGCAGGCAACGCUUUCAUGGAAGGGUCUAAUGAGCUGUUUGGUGAAAACCGCACCAUGACCAUACACAACGGCAUGAUGUUCAGCACCUACGACAGAGACAACGACAACUGGAACCCCGGCGAUCCUUCCAAACAGUGCUCAAAGGAGGACGGCGGUGGCUGGUGGUACAACCGUUGCCACUCAGCCAAUCCCAACGGCCGAUACUACAUAGGCGGGUCAUACACACGACACAUGGCCAAGCACGGCACAGAUGAUGGUGUGGUGUGGAUGAACUGGAAGGGGAGCUGGUAUUCCCUGAAGGCCAUCAGCAUGAAGAUCAGGCCUUUUUUCCCCUCCAAAUAGGCCAGCAUGUAGCAGGCACACUUACACACACACACAUACAUAGCACAUAGUAACUGACAAAAUAAAAGAAAAGCUAAUGUAAAGUGUCAUAACUGAGUCCACGGCAACAAGCGAGUUUUUGAACUCAGCUGGGGGGAUGACAUGCCCUAAACAUGAUGGAAUAUUAAUUUUGCUAUCAUCCUAGGAACUAACACCUGCUGUCAGUGUUUGC